AUGAAUCCAAAUAUUCAACACCAUCAUCACCAACAACAACAACAACAACAACAGCAACAACAACAACAACAACAACAACAACAACAACAACAACAACGUCAACAACAAGAAGCUAGUCAACCUCGUAAACGGACGCGUGCAUCACCUGAACAAUUAGCUAUAUUGGAAAAAACUUUUAGUGUCAAUCCAUCACCCAACAACCGUGUACGUGAGCAACUCUCUAGGGAACUUGGCAUGACAGAAAGGUCUAUUCAAAUCUGGUUUCAAAAUAGACGUGCAAAAGUUAAGAAUAUGGCAAAACGUUCUUCUUUACUCCAUGAUGAAACCUUACGGAUGCAAUAUUAUGCUGCUACUGCUGCUGCUGCUGCUUGUCAAGCUGCUAGUUUACAUCAACAACAUACUUCACCUGACGGUACUCCAGUUUCCAAUCCUGAUCUGUAUUAUUACUAUUACUAUUAUUACUACAAUCAACAACAACAAUUACAACAGCAACAACAACAAGCUUAUUAUGGUACAGAUGGCUCUUCCAUGAUUUCUCCUUCACCUUUGAAAUCAAAUCAAUCUACUCCUCCUCCUCCUCCCCCUAUGCCAACAACAAAUCAAAAACCUUGGACUUCUUUAUCUACUCCACCACCUUCAUCAAUAUCUCCUUCCAUAUCUACUCCAAUCUCUGCAUAUCAUCAUCAUCAACAACAACAACAACAACAACAACAACGAACACCUAUGUCAUUGGAUGAUUUCAAUACUGGUGAAGAAGAAGAAAAUCAUCAAUAUCGUAUUUCGGCUGAAGCUCUACAAAUUGGGACUUGGAAACGAAUGAGUCUACAACCUCAAGAUUUAGAAUGUUUCUUUGAUCGACAACUUCGAUGCAUGGUAUGGCGUAUUCAGGAUGGUCAACAACGUUUCAAGAUGCAUAUCAAGUUGGAUUCAAUUGAGAAAAUGCAGUUAGAUCCUUUACUUGAACGAUUGGGUUGGGCAAGGCUCUCUUUGACUGUGGUUCACCCAGAAACAAUAUCCUUUUAUAUGGAAGAAAGUGGUACUCAAGCUUUUGGUACAGCAAAUGAUCAUUGGACGCAAUGUCGCGACUUUACCCAAGAUAGACAAGCAACAACAGUACAAACACAUUAUAUUGAUGGACCUGCUUUAGCUCUCCGUGCUGAAUGGAUGCGUUUGGUUGCUCAAGAUAAACAGUUACACGAUCUAGUACAAAAUAAUAUGGUGCCUCCAACAUCUCAUGUGUAUCAUACAGCUCAUGGUCCUCAUGGUCAAUCGAUGUUAAGCAAUUCAACACCCUCUCGUCAAGUUACACCAGCCGAUGUGAUGAUGGUCAUGAAAGAAGAUAAUCAGUCGAUGCUGUCUCUUAUGGAAAAGGAUCAAAUCAAGGAUGACCAAGAUAACUCUCAAGAUUUAUUACUUUUUCAAGGGGUUUAG